UGCUCUCUCCCUUCUUUCUCCUUGUGACUCCAGGCUGAGAUCAACAGACAGGAUGCUGUGCCUCAGCUCCCUGUCCACACUCCUCCUCCUGCUUUUCCUCUACUCCCCUCCGCUGUCUGCCCAGGAAGUGCUUGUACGUCUAGCAGGUAGAGACCGGCGCGGUGCAAACGAGGGACGUGUGGAGGUGCGCUACAAUGGCGUGUGGGGCACAGUGUGUGACGAUAACGUAGAUCUUAACCUGGCCAAUGUGGUGUGCCGACAGCUGGGCUUUCAAGGUGGCUUGACCUGGGCGCACAGUGCCAAGUUCGGCGAGGGUCAUGGUUUGAUCUGGUUGGAUAAUGUGCACUGCACGGGCACAGAGUCCUCUAUUGCAAAUUGUCACUCAAAUGGCUGGGGAAUCAAUGACUGCACCCAUGCUGAGGACCUGGGGGUCAUUUGCAGCCAAGAAAGGAGACCAGGCUCCCCCGCUGUCCCCCUGGAGGAGCCUCCUCCAUCAUCCAGGCGCCAGCCAAGCCAGCCAAGACAGAGAAACCCACCACCAUCGCCCCCAGCCCACAUUACUUCAUCUUCUGCAAGAGGCCAUGAGAUUGCCCUUCAUCGCAACCCGACUUCUUCCCGUCGCAACAACAUCUCCCCACAGGAAAAUGGCCACGAGAUCCAGAUCUUAAGACGGAAUCGAGGUAGUACCAGACCGAGCCCACAGGUGAGCCCGGCUCUGCCACAGGGGCACCAGCUCCCUUCGCGUCUGGCAAAUGGUGCAUCCUACAGGCAGAGACUGGAGACAGUGAGGUCCACUCCACAAGCAGUAAGACGAGAGGCUGAGGGACAGACAAACAGGCAGCCUGAGCGGAGGAAUGACCGGCAUCAGCAGCUCAGUGGGAAUCAUGUCGAACCAGACCCUGUUUAUCCAAACGUGGGACUGGAGACUGAUGCGCACUACACACAGGGUUCUGAAAGGGUUCACUUAGAGGAAGCUCGUCUACGGCCUGUACUGUCCGGCAACCAUGGCGGUCUGGUGACGGAAGGCGUGCUGGAGGUGAGGCAUGCUGGGAGGUGGCGUCAUGUGUGCAGCCAUGGUUGGGACCUCAGCAGCAGCCGUGUCGUCUGUGGCAUGUUAGGAUUCCCUGCUGCAGAGGCGUUUGACCAAAACGCCUACAGGAAACUGUGGGACUCCAAGUUGGCCGAUCCAUCCGCAAGGCUGAGGACACAGAUCGGUAAGAAGGCCUACUGGGUGGAGAAGAUGCAAUGUCAGGGCACGGAGGUCUCUCUGUCGCAGUGUCAGGUCCUGCUGUCCCUCCCCAGGAGUGAUGUACCGUGCCGUGACGGCAUGCACGCUGUGGUCCGUUGUGUCCCUGGAUCCCAGUUCACACGCUAUGGCAGAGCACCUGCACCACCCGCCGUGCCGCCUGUCGUGCGUCUGAAGGCAGGGUCCCGCCUCGGCGAGGGCCGUGUGGAGGUGCUGAGGGAGGGCAAGUGGGGCACCGUGUGUGACCACCUGUGGGACAUCACUGCGGCCAGCGUGGUCUGCAGGGAGCUGGGCUUUGGGACAGCCAAAGAGGCGCUCACCAAGGCUCAACUGGGACAGGGUACCGGCCCCAUCCAUAUGAACAGUGUGCAGUGCACAGGCAGGGAGAGGUCGGUUACAGAGUGUGUCUACAGACAGGUGCCGCUUUACAGCUGCAAACACAACCAGGAUGUAGCUGUACGCUGCAACGUGCCCAACACUGGCGUGCAGGCCACGGUGCGUCUGGCAGGAGGCAGAGAGCCCUCAGAGGGACGUGUGGAGGUGCUGAUGGAGGUCAGAGGGGUGAAGCGCUGGGGUUCCGUCUGCAGCGAGAACUGGGGCAUCAACGAGGCCAUGGUGGUCUGUCGACAACUGGGCUUAGGCUUCGCAUCAAGAGCUCAUCAGGAGACCUGGUACUGGCCUGGCUCUGCAGAUGCUGGGGAGGUGGUUCUGAGCGGAACUCACUGCAUCGGCACUGAGAUGUCCAUCCAGCAGUGUCGCAGAAACACAAAUGUCUACUGUCCCAGAGGAGGAGAGGGCAGGGCUGCAGGAGUCACAUGUGUAGAAACUGCUCCUGACCUCGUCCUGGAUGCUCAGCUCGUUCAGGAGACGGCCUACCUGGAGGACCGACCCCUCCACCUGCUCACCUGCGCUAAUGAAGAGAACUGCCUGUCCUCCUCUGCCGCAAGGAUGAACUGGCCCUAUGGACAUCGCCGCCUGCUCCGCUUCUCCUCCCGUAUUAUGAACCUGGGCCGUGCUGACUUCCGACCCCGAGCCAGCAGAGAAAGCUGGACAUGGCACCAGUGUCACAGGCACUACCACAGCAUUGAGGUGUUUACCCACUACGACCUGCUGACGUUCAACGGGACCAAGGUGGCAGAAGGUCACAAGGCCAGCUUCUGUCUGGAGGACACCUACUGCCCUGAUGGUAUCCAUAAGCGAUACGCCUGCUAUAACAUGGGUCAGCAGGGCAUCUCAGUUGGGUGCUGGGACACCUACCGCCACGAUAUUGACUGCCAGUGGAUCGACAUCACAGACAUACGGCCUGGUGAAUACAUCUUCCAGGUGGAGGUCAACCCUUCCUUAGACAUGGCUGAGUCUGAUUUCCAGAACAACGUGAUGCGCUGCAGAUGCAAGUACGACGGAGCACGAGUUUAUAUGUUCGGAUGCCAUGCAGGUGAUGCUUACAGUGCAGAGGUGGAGGACUUGUUUGACCACCAGCGUCAGAUCUCCAACAACUUCCUGUGAAUUAAGGAACAUGCAGAUUUAAGGACAGAACAACUGUACAACUCCUCACCACACCUCAACAUGCCAUGGGAAGGAGGUUGAAUGACAAUGACAUGCCAGUAAAUAGAAAAAUGAGGGCCUGAGGGAGGAGGGUGGGGGGGUGAACUGGUAUGGUAUGGUUUGGGAGAGACUUCAUGCAAAUAUGACCAAUUAGGAUCCUGUGACUGAUUGUCAUCUGCAAUGACUGUUCCUGUUAGAAAGUCAAAGAGAUUUAAGGGGACAUGUAGGAAGAGGAAAAGACCACAAGUUAAGAAAUACGACCAAAGUUGGUCUUCACAAGCAUCAUGUCACCACGAUAAAACGUAGAGUAGUUCACAGUUUCAAAAGCGUGUGCUGAAUUUUGUAACAAAUUGAAUUCCCUUGAUCAAAAUAUAUAAACCACAGUUAACAAAGUAAUGACAUGAAGGCACAUGAGAACAACACAUCCUUUACUUUUACAGUACACCAUCAGGCUGUCGUCCAUGUAAUAUCAACCCAGGUAUCAGACUGUCAACCAAACUCUGUACAUGCUUCCUGUGCUUUCACUGUCCACAUUACUAAUGCAGUAUUUACUGUUACAACUGUGUGGUUAAAAUGAGAUUUUUUUUUUAAUUUCAUGGUGCUAUUUUUGCCUUAUUUGAAUAAAUAUUGUAAUGUAUUGCAAA